UCUCUGCUAAAACAUUUUCAUUUCUCCCCCUUUCCCUCACUUGCACGGGCAACCCAUCUCGCCCGUACCCCAAACCCAAAAACCCUCGAAAAUCUCAGAUCAUGGGUAUCGAAGAUCUCACUGAGAAAGAAUAUGUGACCCUUAUCUUCACGUACGGCACCCUCAAGAGGGGCUUCUCCAACCACAUCCUGAUGCAGGAAUUGAUGCGGACCGGCGAUGCCGCCUUCAAGGGCACGUAUCUGACUGUCGAGAAAUACCCACUCGUCUGCGGGCCCUAUCGAGUCCCCUUCCUCCUCAACAUGCCCGGGUCAGGCAACCGGAUCAUGGGUGAAUUGUAUGCUGUAUCGGCCCAGGGACUCGCGCGAUUGGACGAGCUGGAGGGCACUACUCGCGGCCAUUACGAGCGGCUGCCCAUCCUGGUCCUCCCUGCAGAAAACGAAGAUCGAGAUUUUGGGAUCGACGGUGAAAUUUUGUCUGGGUGCAGCGGUGAAACUUUGUCGGGGUGCGGUGGUGGGGUGACCUGCGCGGAGGCGUAUUAUGCCCACCGGAGCUACGAGAAGGAGAUGUGGAGGAGGAAUGAGGGAAAAGGGUUCGUGACCUAUUCGGAGAAGGAGGCGAAGGGAUAUGUUAAGAGAAAAGAUAGGCCGCAGAAUCUGACCUUUCUGGAUCACAUAAGGAUUUUCGUGUCCUCUCCUUCAGAUUGAGUGAAGUAUAUUUUUAUUAUUUAAAACAAAUUGUAACUUUGUAAUGGGAUGGUAUUUUAUCUUUUAAAAAUUAAAUAAAAAAUUAUUUAAAAA